GCGACUCAUUACGGUCAAAUUGAAACAACUACCUUCUGCCAAAUUCACUCGCUUUUGAUCAAGGAAUUGAAUUUCUUGCAGUUCUGUGAUAAUCAUGUCGUCGCUGCCUGAUUUCUUGGCUACAUUUACUUACACAUCGUUGGAUAAAGGGAAGCGUCAGAUCAGGCUGAUACGAUUCCAAGAAUAUGCAACCGUGGAUGAAGAUGGUAUUCGACUUUCCUUAGAGACACACGACAUGAGCGAGUGCCCCCCAUAUUUUGCACUCUCCUAUGUGUGGGGAAUUGACGCACCGAGACAUGAAAUGGUGAUCAACGACGGAGUUCUCUUGGCUCGGAAUAGCUUAUGGCUGGCACUGUCGCAGCUCAAGACCCGUCAGGUUGACCUUAAGGUCAAGUACUUCUGGAUCGAUGCCAUCUGCAUCAACCAGGAUGAUAUACUGGAACGUGGUCAUCAGGUGAAUCUGAUGGGGGAUAUCUAUUCCCACGCACGGUUCGUUGUUGCGUGGCUCGGGUCAGAGACAGACGACUCUCACGCCGCGAUCAAGGCUAUAUCUACAUACAACCUGACCACAGAUAAGACCGAAAAGGACAUGCUGCUAGCGGAAAACAGUUCACAUGUCGUCUCUUUGUUACAAAGAUCGUACUUUGAGCGCAUGUGGAUUGUGCAGGAGUUCAUUCUCGCCGAGGAGAUCAUAAUGAUCUGCGGUUCGGACAGUUUUCGGUGGGACCGUGAGAUGAGCAACAUCGUCAAAGCAAUGACGACGAAGUGGCUUGAUAAAGAUGAGGGGACCGGCGUCACUGUUUGGCUCGCGAGUGAGAGGUUCAAUCGCAAACAGACAGGAUAUCCUAUGGAGCUAUACAGGCUACUGGUAUACUUCCGGUCAUGCCGUUGUUCAGAUCUCCGUGACAGAGUUUACGCCUUGAUUGGGCUCUUGGACCCCUCACACUCAAGAUCAUGGACUGCCGACUACACAAUCUCAAGAGAACAGCUGUGGUGUCGCGUGAUCAACAGCAGCCUGGAGGAAAGUCGUACGAUGUUCUCGUAUAUCGCGUUGAGACUAUGGGAGGCACUGGAAUUACCACUGGAGGACAAUUCACUCGAGCUCUUCAGGUUCGUGUAUUGGGUUAUUCACUUUGACGAACUUUGGAAUGCACGAAACCAAAUGCCUGAUGAUGUCAAGAGGCAUCACGAGGAAAACCUUCUGGACCAGCUUGAUGCCAACACAAUGUACGAUAAGAUCCUACGAGAUUUUGAUAGCUUUCCCGCUAUUGUCGGAGACACAAGUUGGAAGCUCUUCAGAGAGAACCUCCUGAAGAUCAUGGAAUGGGAACAUCAGCAUAAUUCUCAAUGCAUCUCCAGCUCUGAAAUUGUUUCAUCGGCACAUCGUACCCAACCGACGCUCAAGAAAUGGCGAGAAAAGGUGAAUCCUAAUAGCUGGGCACUAAAUUAGCAACAGUAAUGCUUGAUAAAAUAAGCAACAAUAACGAUAUAUAUCAUAUG